AUGCAACAUAUGGAUUCUGAUAUGGAUGUUCGCAUGACGAAGCUCAGUUUAUACCAUUCCACGCUUCAAGCGAUCAACAGCUCCGGCGACACAUUGUUGCAUGUGGCGGUGAACGACGACAGAGGAGAUAUGGUGGAGAAGCUAGUAAUGGAAAUCACGAGAAGUGGGUCGUUGUCGGCGCUGCAAACAAAGAAUGAUCGAGGAGACACCCCACUGCACCGUGCUGCAUCAAGAGGGUCCCUCCAGAUGUGCAAGUGCAUCGCCGAAGCUCAAAGGGACACCCAACUGAUUGAAGCUCGCAACAAGGAAGGAGAGACUCCCCUCUUCUUGGCCGCUCUUCAAGGUGAAGAGGAAGCUUUCCUUUACCUCCACUCUCGUUGCCCCGACCCAAGUAGGCGCCUCUGGAAAAGAUCCAGCGAUGGAGAGACUAUCCUUCACUGCACCAUCCGCCGAGACCACUUUGAGUUGGCAUUGGAAAUCAUUCGUCUUUACGGAACGCAUAUAGUGGGCUCCGUGGAUGAAAAGGGAAUUAGUCCUCUCCAUACCCUGGCUGACAAACCUUCCGCCUUUGAAAGCAGCAGCAAUUUCAGAUGGUACAACAAGCUUGCCUACAACUGCGACGGAGAGAAGAAGGAAGAAUGGGACAGAAAGGAGUCGGCAUUAUUUGUUGCAGCGAAAAAUGGAGUUUUGGAAAUACUGAAGAAAAUUCUUAAGGAUAAACCAGGGGCCAUCCAUGAAACCAACUCGAAAGGCCAAAAUGUGUUGCAUAUAGCAGUCGAGUACAGGCAACCCCAUGUUUUGAAGCUUCUCGAGCAGCAGAAGUUGUGGGAUAACCUCGUUCAAAGCAUAGACAAUGAAGGAAACACUAUCCUCCACUUGGCCGCCAGGCUCUCCCAGUACAAGCCCUGGCACAUCCCUGGAUCUGCCUUGCAAAUGCAGUGGGAAAUCAAAUGGUUUCUGUAUGUCAAGGAUAUAAUGCCCAAUUAUGUGUCAUUCCUCCCGAACAAAGGCCAUAAGACACCGGUGGAAAUUUUCAGAGAAGAUCAUGAGAAUCUAAUCAAAGAAGGCACUGAUUGGCUCAACCACACGUCACAGUCGUGCUCUGUGGUGGCCGCACUUAUUGCCGGCGUGGCCUUUGCCACGUCUACGAACGUCCCCGGCGGCACUCAGGAGCAGACCGGCAUGCCUACAUUGGAAAGCCACCCGGCUUUCAACAUGUUUGCGCUCACCUCCCUCUUGUCUCUCUGCUGCUCCAUCACCGGUCUCAUCAUGUUCCUCGCCAUCCUCACCUCCCGCCAUCAGCCUAGAGAUUUCCGCAAAGAUUUGCCUCUAAAACUUUUUUUCGGGUUGAGUUCGCUCUUCGUCUCCAUCGCUUCCGUGUUGGUUUCUUUCUCCGCCGCAUUCUUCUUUGUGCUCAAGGAGAAGCAGGUUGUUUUCCUGCUCUACGCCGCCACCGUCUUGCCCGCUGCUUUCUACGCCGUCUCCCAAUUCGCCCUUUAUGUUGAUCUUGUCAGAGCUAUCUUCCGCAAGGAUCCCCAGUCCAGCAAUAGAGAAUCUGAGAAGCUUAUUCUCUGA